CAGUGCAGCCAAAAGUAAAGAGAAGCACACACACCUGCUUUAUCUCACACACUCUGCAAUCAUGAAAGUGACUACUCUGAUCUGUGUUUCUCUUCUCCUUUGCCUCUCUGCUAUCAUAUCAGCGGAUCAAAGGUCACAGCCCAGAGAGGCUGAGUGUGAAAAGUAUGCGACUUUAAUGUGCACCCGUGAGUUCGACCCAGUGUGUGGUGAUGAUGGUGAAACAUACUCAACCGAGUGUGUUCUCUGUAUGGAAAAUAAAAAACGAAACCAGCAUGUGAAGGUGAUUCACAAGGGAAUGUGUUAAGGUCCUUAAGUCUAACCCACAGAGGAAUUCCUCUGCAUUGCAAUGAGAAGACCAGGAGAUCUAUUCACUAAUCACUCAUCUUAAUAGCUCACCAUUUCCAAUAAAGCCAGGAAUUCCUGUGAUACUGUCAUCUGACUACACUGUAAAUUCUGUUACAAUUAAAGGCUCUAAGCAUGA